GUUCUCCAACCCACGCACUGUCCGCGUCUCCCCUCCACCCACAGAGAUAAGCCGAGUCCACGAGAUCCCUCCAUAGACCACACCCUGGUGAGCCUAGCGGCGGAGGGAAAGGAAGCAGAGCACCCACCCCCCGGCCCGAUCCUAGCGAGAGAGCAGCAGCAGCAGCAGCAGCCAUGAUGAUGAUGGGCGAAGGCGUGAGCGUCCCGCCGUGGUCCCACCACCUCCCCGUGAGCGGCGGGUCGGCGCACCCGGGGGAGAAGGCGCGCCGCCGGGACCCGCGCAAGUACCACUACUCCGGCACCGCCUGCCCGGACUUCCGCAAGGGCGGGUGCAAGCGCGGGGACGCCUGCGAGUUCGCGCACGGAGUCUUCGAGUGCUGGCUCCACCCGGCGCGAUACCGCACCCAGCCCUGCAAGGACGGCACCGCCUGCCGCCGUCGGGUGUGCUUCUUCGCCCACACACCGGACCAGCUCCGCGUCCUCCCGCCGCAGCAGUCCAGCCCGCGGGGGACGGCGGCCGCGGCCUCCCCGCUCGCCGAGUCCUACGACGGCUCCCCGCUCCGGCGCCAGGCGUUCGAGAGCUACCUCACCAAGAGCAUCAUGUCGUCCUCGCCCACCAGCACCCUCAUGUCGCCGCCCAAGUCGCCGCCGUCGGAGUCCCCGCCAUUGUCGCCGGACGGGGCCGCCGCCUACCGCCGCGGCUCCUGGCCCGGCGUCGGGUCCCCGGUGAACGAGGUCCUCGCCUCGCUCCGCCAGCUCCGCCUCAGCAAGGCCAACUCCUCCCCGUCCGGCGGGUGGGCUGGCUACCCGUCCUCCGCCGUCGCGUACGGGUCGCCCACGGCGGCUGGGCUCUACAGCCUGCCCUCCACCCCGACGACCAUGGGCGGCGGCUUCAUGGCCAACCUGGAGCCGCUUGAUGUCUCCUUCGGCGGCGGCGAGGAGGAGCCCGUGCAGAGGGUGGAGUCCGGGCGUGCCCUUCGCGCCAAGGUGUUCGAGCAUCUGAGCAGGGAAGGCGCCGUCUCUGUGGAACCAGCCACUGGUGGAAUCGGAGGCCCCGACGUCGGGUGGGUCUCUGAUCUCAUCAACUGAGGCGGCAAGGUGGCAUGGCAAUGGCUUGGAGAAAGUUGGUGUGGUGGUAAGCCUUAACAGAGAAGGAUGGCAUCCAAAAAAAAAUCAGUCUUCUUUUGUUGGUUCCAGUUUCUUCUGCUAAUUCCCCUGUACAUAUCUAUCACCUUGUGAAUAUUCUCGGUUGGUAGAGGGAGGAUGCAAGGUGGUGGAAGGUGGGGUGGAUUUGUUUUGGGGUUCUUGAGGUAGCAGAAAAUAUCCAGAAAAAUAGAAAAAAAAAAGGAGUAGAAAUGUAGUAGGAGGUGGUGGUGGUGGCAAGUCCUCUGUUGUGCAUAGGGUGUCUGGAGGCAAGGCAAGCAUGGUGGGCAGCUGAUGGUGCAUCAAGACGGACGGAAGACGGCCGGAUUUCCAGCGGGCACCGCGGCGCGGGCAGUAGCUGCUUAUUUCUACGAUUCCGGAGCAUGCUAGUUUGAUGUUUGUUUAAAGUUCAUCGUUUGUGCAUUAUGCAUCGGCUAGUUGAUCGAUUUCAAACUUUGUUGAUUACUACCCACAUUUUGUUGAUGUAAUCCUUGUUUAUUAAGACACUCAUUCCCUACAGCAUAUUUUGUACUAUCUUGUUAAGUAGUAGCUGAAAAUCUCAUUCACCCGCUAUUGGAGGUGAAUUUCCCCAUGUAAUCUCUUGCUCGAGUAAAUGGCAAAUCCAUGUUUAUUACCCA